AUGAUCUGGUAUCUUCUCUAUCCGCUGCGUGGUACCACUGAACCACCACGGCUAUCCACCUCGCACCCCAUCCGACGGGCGUUCCAGGCCCACGGCACGGCAACUGCACGGCAUUGGCUGCUCUCCAUCGUCCUGACCAUUACCAUAUCCGUCCUCCUCUGUUACCAGGCGGUUUUCCAGGCCGACAGCUCUGCCGCCGCCGCUCUACGCAACCUCCCCAAGCAUGUCUGGACAUCGACCACCGAGGUCGAGGGCGAGCGACCCGCCGACAUCGUAGUGCGUCAGGUCUGGGUUCAUGGAGACUACAUGAACGCAAUUGCCCUACCUGUGUUGCGCGAAGCAAUGCAUGUCCAGGAAGUCCUCAUCAACGGUGGCUUCGAUACAAGAGAAGGCGCUGCAUACGACGACCAGCACAUGCUCGCCCGCCAUGGCCCAGGCUGCGUUGUAGCACCACCGGGAGAGAAGUGGGGUUGGCAUUCGCCGUUGCUGUACUGGGACUGCUCUUUGAGCGCGCUGGAGAAGGACUCCGACCUCCUCGGAACCAUCAACGCUCAUGCUCGAAUACGCUCGCCACUCAACGUCACGCUGCGACCGAGCACCGUUUUUGCCGGCAAGUCCUUCUCCAACACCAAGCUUCGCGCCGCAGAUGCAUUGGUCAUCACGCUGUUUGACCAGACCAAUUCGAGCCUGGGAGAUACAUGGGACUCAAGGUCGCGCCUUUUAGCGGAAAAACUAUCUCCGGACUGGACCAUCUUCCCGCCUGAUGGCCAGGUAGGGCGAAGCCGACUCUAUGAAUUCCGUUUCAAGCCAAUGACCUUGAAUGACGACUUGUUCCUCGCGGCAUCCUACAUGGUGACCGCUGCCUAUGUCAUAUGGAGGAUGAUGCAGCUGCGAGCAGUCAAAAGUUGGUUUGGCCUGCUUGUAACGAUAUGUGUCAAGAUGACUAUAUGCGUGAUUGCAAGUUUUACUCUCUGUACCUACCUUGGAAUCGAUUUAGCACGGAUACCCCGUCCAUGGUUUCCUGGAGUUGUUUUUUGUUUCGGUUUAGGAAAUAUAUUUCGUCUGAUUAAUGUCGUCCUAGAGACACCCCCCGAGAUGCCUCCCCAACAGCGAAUCGGAAAUGCGCUAGGAGAAGUCGGUCACUUGUCCCUUGCCAUCGCCUUUCAAAAUCUCGCCCUAUUAUACAUUUGUUCUCGGCUCGUUUCACCUUGGGUAGCUGACUUUUGCGUCUUCGCUGCCGUUACACUUGUAUUCGACCUUGUUUUCCAUUUGACCUUCUUUGUCGCAGUCUUAAGUGUGGACGUGCAAAGAAUGGAGCUUUCGGACUCGCUGGAGCGCGAGGAUCUCAACCAAAGUAAUAAGAAGAACCGGGCAGAACGACAAUCCUGGCUCGGGGCACUGUUUGAGGGUACUCUGCCACUCAGCACGAGAUUUGCCGGGACUGUAGCCAUUUGUUCCAUUAUUCUCGCUAUCAACUGGCACUUUUUCGACAGCGAUGGCAAACAGCUGUCUCUUGACACACUUCGUCGGAACCUCACGUCCAGAAAAUGCAGACGCGCCACUGAUACAUGGAGCCCACCACCAAUCAAUCAGGCUAGGACCCCCGCUGAUUGGCUAAGAAUCCAAGACCACAACACUGCCCGGGAACUCUUUGGCUUUAUCAAGCCCGAUGCUCCGAGUUUUGUAGCUCGUAUAUAUGACCCCAUCCUGGUUGUUGCCAAGGGGGCGUAUGGACGCGACCGACCCCAGCCACCGUUGUCUUUCAUGGAUGGGCUCCGACGCUUUGCGCGUGGACAUGCGUUCCCAGUAGCCUUGAUCGUUGUUACCCUUAUUGCGGCUGUAACACUGUUCAUGAACUACCUUCUUUGGAGUGGACUUCCGAAGACUGCUGAAGAGAGCGAAGAGGACGAAGAAGUCACACUGUCGAUCAAGACGUUACCAACGCCGCAGAACCUAGACGUUGUGCACUUGACUUCCUGUUCAAAAGGCCAUCUUGCUAGUAUAUCUCUUGAUAGGAGUACUGCGCUAUGGCUACACGGUCGUGGAGGAUAUCUGCACACUACGCUGCAGACAGCAUCAAUGAAACCAAAGCUUUGGCCCAUUUACGCUACCGCCAUGGAUGACGGUGGCAACAUACUUGCGCUCUGUGCAGAGAGCGGUCAAAUCGGCUUAUGGGAUAUCCCUGCAUCACGUUUCCUCAUGUUUCCAAAAAUCGACAUCCGCGGACAGGCGCCCAUUUUGUUUACCUUUGUCUACCUCAAAACACGCGAUGUUGAAAAGCUCUACCUCAUCAUCGUCAGCCGGGAUGGGCAUCUGACGAAGCUCGAAGCAUGUACAGGCAUCCACUACACUAGACGCGUAUCAUCCAGUCCCAUCGCCUGUACCGCAACAUACACCUCAGUUCAUGGCGACACAAGCAUUGUUUUUGUGACAAAACCCGGGGAAGUACACAUCUUACCGCUGACAGAGGACAACAACAUAAUGUCUGAAGUAGUCGCUGGUCUUGACCCGGGGCCACCUCCAGGCAGCAACCCUGCGAAGAUUCGAUGCAUAGAGGCAGUUCCCAGCCUAGGUCUUAUUUUCGCACUGCGUGACGAGGAGGCUGAAAUCUUUGACUUUACUAGUCGAGCUCUCGUGCACGCCUUCCAGAUCGGCCACAUCAAGCCGCAUUCAUUCAGGGUCCUGUAUCCUAUGCGACGAACGUGUCAAUGUGGAGCCCCAACAGUGAACUCCCUUGCUGUGGCAUAUACAGAAUUAGACACCGGCCACAUGAUCCUGCAAAAUUUCUCCCUCGACGACAAUACGUCGUCACAGAUAUGUCUCGGAAAGCCAUUGGACAGGGAGAAGCACCGGUGUCGGGGGCUCGAUCAAGCAAAGGAGGCAGUGCAUUACGUUGAGCCUGCCGGAGUGUGGGAGUCGACAGAUGCACUCAGUGUUGUAGGGGUCAGGAGAUAUGCGCAAUCACCCACACCAUCAACGGCUUCAGGCGCUGACGAUGGUAACCAAGGUGUUGAUCCAUUCGCGCUUGCAUCGGCGCUCAAGCAGCGAGCUCAGAUUCAAGGCAAUCUGAACCCAUUCAAAUCUCUUGAGACGUCGUUCGCCAAGGGUAAUCAGAGAAGUCACGCUCCUGGCGACGUUGAUACGUGGGAGGCGUGGACACUAUCCACUACAGGGGAGUUUCGCUGUAGGCCGCUUGUUUCUGAUAACCUCGAUGGCACAACGGAGGGCUCAUACGAAGACGAGCUUUUCGUGGCAGCUCCUGGUCCGAUGACCAGACUAGGCAAGCGCAGCGUCGUGGUAGGGUUCGGCAAUACUGUCAAGGUCAUCACUCUGGGCAAGGAAUCAUUCGAUGGGUUGACAAAUCUGCAGAGCAGCGCUAUGGAUAUUGGCCUUGGAUCAUACAAGUGGAGAGCCCGCAAGGGCACUGGCAGGAAAGUACAAUGA